CUCACAGCCCGAAGGAGCCUCUCUCCCAGCUGCUGCUGCACAAGACAGUGAGACCGACCCACAGGACCACAGAGACCAUGAAGAGCCUGCUCCUUCUCUCCAUUCUGGCGGCCUUGGCCGUGGCAGCUUUGUGUUAUGAAUCUCAUGAAAGCAUGGAAUCCUAUGAACUUUAUCCCUUCCUUAACAGGAGGAAUGCUAAUACCUUUAUGAGCCCGCAGCAGAGAUGGAGAGCUAGAGCCCAAGAGAGGGUCCGAGAAAGCACCAAGCCUGCCUAUGAGCGCAACCGGGAAGCCUGUGAAGACUUCGGACUUUGCGAACGCUAUGCUAUGGUUUAUGGAUACGAUGCUGCCUACAAUCGCUAUUUCCGGCAGCGCCGAGGGGAAAAAUGAGAUUGGAAAAAGUCACUUUCUUUGCUGAGCCUGGUGCCUGGUUUCGUAUUCCCUUGCAGAAGCAUCACUGAACUAUAUAGACACAUCUGAAUUGCUUGUUUCUCAAAUGUUCCCGUCUGGCUGCGCCUCUCCUUCCUGCCCCCAUUGAUAGUAAUGAAAGAGCAGUGUAGUGAAGGUCGAAGGGGAGUUAAAAUCUGUGAUUAUUACAUAAUAAACUUCUGGUUGGAUACUU